AUGUAUUGCCAUGCCGAUGGUGAAGGUGUCGCUUGUCGCAGGUUGCAUGUUUUUGUCGAUCUACGUCGUUGUGGAACCAGAGUGGUAGCUUGGCUGAUGGCUAAAGAGGCAUCCCUGCAGGUCUGCAACUUUGCACCCUCCUACGCGCAACCAAUUCAGGUCACCCAUGGAUCUCGGUGGUCCAAGCAAGCAUCCGGGCGGGUCUAUUGCUGCGAUUCAAGCAUCCACUGGAUGUCAGCCACUGGUCGUCGUUGUGUUGAUACCAUCUCACAGUGGAUGCUUUGUCUUUGCCGUGGCCAGUUUGGCGAAGGAAAAGCAAGGAGAUUGUCUUCAUCAGCUUGGAGGCGAUGGGAGAAGGGGAGAGAGGAAAGAAAACGAAGCUAA